AUGCAGGCCGCCAACGUUCACCCUUCCAACAGCUUUAGACCCAUCAGCACCACCGCGCACGAGCAGUGUACUGUGGUUCUUUGCGACAUCUGCGCUGGCAUCGUCACGAAGCUUCACCAUGAGGGUGCAGUCAAAGAUCUGAUCCUGAAAGCAUCACAAACGUUCUACGAGUUCCCGAAAUCGUAUGGAGCGAUGAAGGAUAUGGUGAUCACUUACAACACAUACUGCAAGCCCAAGGCUCGAAACUUUCCGUGCAUGGAUGCCUUGUCCUUAUCGAAGAGCGGGGUACUGUACAUGUUCCAGAUGACAGGGGCGGGGAAGCAUCCGAUCAAGCUUGAACCUCUUUAUCAAAUCUUGAAGGCCUUGCGAGUCAAGAACACGAUUGAAAGCGUAUGCUUUGUGUUUGUUCUACCUGAACACCUGGAACGAAAGCGCUCCAGGAGACGAGCUCAAAGCUUCAAGUUUGAGGGGUCAAUACCAAAGGAGUUGGCAGAGUACAAUCUGACGCAGUAUUCGAUGGUCCUGUCGAAGAGAGUCGCAAUAAAAGUUUAA